GAGAGAAAGAAAGAGAGAGAGAAAAAAGGAUAGGGAAAAAAAAAGAUGUCGUAAAUGGGAAACUCAUAGGAGUGUCGUGUAACGGCUCCGACUUCGAUGCCAGUGUACACGUGUGCCACGUACGGCCGGUAGCGAGCGUGCCGAUGGAAUGCGAAUUUCACUUUUCCGAGCAGUUGACGCGCCGGUAUUCGAGUUGUUCGUACGUUUCUUCGUUUGAGGGAUAGUGGUGGUGGUAGAGAAGGAAGAGAAGGAGGAGAAGGAAGAGAAGGAAAAAGAGUGGGAGCAAAUGGGAAUGUAUCGGGCUAUUUAAUAAUUUUUUGUUUUUCGUAUCUUUCAAAGCUCCUCGCAAAAGCUUCGUGGCUCGUGGAAUCGACUUGAGGAAUCGAUUCUAUUUCUUCUUUUUUUUUUUUGUUUGUUUGUUUGUUUUUUUACAAGUUUCAAUCUUCUCGUUUUAUUGAUUGAGAAGACGGACACACAAUGGUAUCGCGAAGAAAAAUACUCUCUCGUUCGCGAGAUAAUCUCGUGGAGUCUCAAUACGAGGAACAAGAAGAGGAGGACGUUUGGUAUAAUCUCGACAAAUUGUAUAAGGAUCAUAUACAAGAAGUUUUGGAUAAAUGGAAUCAAAUAGAUGAUGAAAUAUGGGCGAAAGUAAUUGUCUUUGAGAGAAAUAGACGCGUAGCGAAAGCGUAUGCUAGGGCACCGGUUCUCACGAUAAACGGCUCAAAUGAUGGCUUCGAUGGCUUCAGGAUAGGACUUUGCGGUUUUGAUAAUCCAAUGCGUGAUCCGAAGACGGAAGAAGCGAAACGUCAUAUAAAUCAAGGUGUUAAAAUUAAAAUGGACGAACAAGGAAAUAUUCUUAUUAAAAGGUUGUGUAAAAAUAAUGUUUACAUCAAACCAACCAAUCAGGAGGAUAAUGCUAUCGGGCCUGAAAUUAUACGUAAUUCACAGGGUGCCCUCGAACACGAGAAACCGGGAAAGUUGUUUGAUAUGAACAAAUUUCAAACAAACUUAUCUCGUGAGACUCGACGAGCUUAUCCCGAUAGACGAAGAUUGGAGAUGCAAUGUUUAAGUGCUAUUGUUUUCGUAAGAACGGAAGCAGAUCUCCUUCAAUGUCCAGUAUGGGUUCUGAUCGUGAACGUCGUUGGACUGGACAUGCUCAAGUCAAAACUGCCACCAGUUUUAGCCUUGCAAAGGCCUGUAGAUAUAAAGAAUCGUCCAAGGAUACCUAUUCCAGAUGAGGAUCCUUACAGUGUCGCUGGUGUAUCAUCCUCCGUUGGACCUAGCGAAAUAAUGCAAUCAGAGAGAGAUUCGCGAGAACAAAUCUACAUGCAAUCCACAAGUUACCAGCAACGACGAGCUGAGAGGCCACCUAAACUUCCACCCAGAGAAAAUCUUUAUGGUCAUGAUAUACCUAAGCCUGAUUACGAUGACAUCGAGGAUGAUUACUCGAGAACGAUAAAACCUGCUGGUAUGGCGAAUGAAGAAAAAAGGAACAAGAACGAUGAUAGAAAAAAAUAUGACGAUCCAUAUUAUUGUGGAUUACGUGCACGCGUACCUAAUUUCGUGAAGAUGGCAAGAAAUGGACAAAGUAAAGGUAUUCCUCUUCGAGGACACAUCAGACCACAACCUGCACCAUCUUAUGCUGGCUCCGUAUAUGCAAGUAGUCAAUCGUCUCAGAUAUAUGGACAUCACGUUCCCGCAAAUCGACCACACAUCAUGUACCAUGCGAGAAGUUUUGAGAGUGGGCUCGACACGGAUAAUAGAAUCGAAUCGCCGUACAACCAUAUAUAUGGAAGAUUACCCAUCCCGACGAGAGGCGUGAUACCUCCUGCACCGCGUGCUAUGUACAUUGGAGAAUGGGAUUAA